ACGUGCCAGCUAGCUUCUCUCCCAUUUAAAGAGAAACAAGCUCUAGCAUCUUCAGAGUUAUUAUCGUUGCUCAAGAGAAUCGACGUCGCUUCCAGCUCGGAUUUCAUCCGCAAAGAAACGUCUUUUCAGGAUGACGAGUUACACCGAUAAAGGACCAAAACCAGUGGCGGGAAAAUUUCUUAGCUUCCAUCACUUGACAUUUUGGGUGGGAAAUGCAAAGCAGGCAGCUAACUUCUACUGCGCGAGGAUGGGGUUCGAACCCUUGGGCUACCGUGGUUUGGAGACUGGCACCCGGGACAAAGCAUCGCACGCAGUCAGACAAAAUAAGAUUGUGUUUGUAUUCGAGUCACCCUACCAACCUGACAACGAGGAAAUGGCGGUUCAGCUUUCUCGCCACGGUGAUGGGGUCCACGACAUCGCCUUCACAGUUGAAGACAUCUAUGCCAUUGUCAAGAUCGCAAAGGAACGUGGAGCAAAAAUCGUGCGCGAUGUGUGGGAAGAGCGAGACGACUUCGGGGUUGUCCGGUUUGCCACUGUUCAGACUUAUGGAGAUACGCAACACACGUUUGUGGACCGCAGCGAGUACAAGGGUGCAUUCCUCCCAGGCUUCAGGGAAGCCAAGAAGGACCCACUUACUCAACUCUUGCCACCUGUUAAAUUGAACUUCGUUGAUCACGUCGUUGGAAAUCAACCGAAUAAUGAGAUGGAAAGUGUGACAAAAUGGUAUGAACAGUGUCUACAAUUCCACAGAUUCUGGUCAGUGGAUGAUACUCAAUUGCAUACCGAGUUUUCAGCACUUAGAUCUAUUGUAGUAACAAACUGGGAAGAGACCAUAAAAAUGCCCAUCAACGAACCAGCACCAGGCAAAAAACUGUCACAAAUUCAAGAAUAUGUAGAUUAUUACGGUGGAGCUGGUGUUCAGCAUAUUGCCCUUAAUACUAAUGACAUAAUCUCGGCUAUUGGAAAUCUACGCGCCAGAGGUAUGGAAUUCCUAGAUGUACCAGACAGCUACUAUGAUUUAUUAAGGAAUCGUCUUAGAAAUAGCAGAGUCCAGAUCACAGAGGAUUUAAGCAUUUUGCAGAAAUUGAAGAUUCUCAUCGAUUACGACGAUGAUGGUUAUCUGCUGCAGAUAUUUACAAAAAAUAUGCAAGAUAGACCGACGCUUUUCAUAGAGGUUAUUCAACGUCACAACCACAAUGGAUUUGGAGCUGGAAACUUCCAAGCGUUGUUCGAGGCUAUUGAAUUUGAACAAGCAAAACGAGGAAAUCUUUGAAAGAAUUUUUCCGCGUGAAAUAAGUUCAUCAAACAUGACGGGAACAUGGAGAAAAUGUACAAUAAAAUAAGCUCUAAGUGCUGGUCAUUUGUAAUCUGUAAGCUGCCACCGGAAUUUUAAUAAUAAAAAAUAAACACAUUAAA